CGCCUAUUCAAAGAGUCGCGCUCACAUCGAUCGGCCAGUGCGGGCCCUCUACUGGAAAUUCUUUGGGAGACGCACGUCUGUCUUCUGUUCAGUUCCAGUUUAGUACGUCCAAGAGGCAUCAGCCAAAACUUAAAGCUGCGGAUAUUUGGUCCAAGUCACCUAUCUACGGCGUGUACACGAAGAAGUUUUCUACAUCUUCAGAUGUUAAAUUCUUUUCCUGAAAGAAUUUUGAAGUAACGUAAAGGUGCAGAGCUUUUUGCAGAUAUGAGAAGUGUAAUUUGAUAUUUUUAAGAAUUCACAUUAGGAUUUAUUGUAAAGAGAAAGAAAGAGAAUUGGUGAAUUGUGAGCUAAUAGCUCCAGUUGUGGCCAUGUCCAACUGGAUGUUGGCUUAGUUAUGAAGCCUCAGAGGCUAAUGUCGAUAAUUCCCCACCACAGAUGGAAAUAUCCGCCUUCCACAUGACUUAUAUUUCUAUCAUCAUGACACUAUGGGAGAUAUUAACUUUCAUCAUAUUUCAAGCCUUGGUUGUUACGAAAGCUUUUCGGAUCGUUAUGCUUGAUGUUCCUUCACCGACCAUAUUAGGAGAGUCUGUUGAACUAACAUGCAGUUAUGAAUUAGAUGAUGAGCAGCUCUAUUCCGUAAAAUGGUAUAAGAAUGAUGUGGAAUUUUAUCGCUAUGUUCCCAAUGACUGGCCACCUGGACAAUUUUUGCCUCUACCUGGAAUUAGAGUGGAUCUCUCAAAAUCUGGAAAAAACUCCGUCUAUCUUCGUCAUGUGGAUCUGAAUUCAGGUGGAUUAUACCGAUGUGAAAUUUCAGCCGAAGCCCCGUCCUUCGAUACUGCUGAAGCUGAAAAAGAAAUGAAAGUUUAUGUUUUGCCAUCAGAAGGACCUACACUAACUGGAGGCAAUCAAGAAUAUCGUAUAGGUGACACUGUAAUUGUAAACUGUACAUCUGCCAAGUCAAAACCUGCAGCCACCUUACGAUGGUACAUUAACGAUGAACUUAUUGCAAGAGGGGACAUUGAACCUAAGACCCAUACCAAAGUUACAACAACAAAUAUGGUGCAAAAUGAAAAUCUCAAAAAGGUGGACUUCAGCCCUUUAUCAUCUGAGGUGGGUCCAGAAUAUGAAACAGAAUAUUCCACUACACUCCAUGCAGAUGGGCUAGAGACAUCAAGUCUCGGACUUAAAUUUAUUGUGACAAGUCAACAUUUUCAAAACGGCAAUAUGAAGCUCAAAUGCACAGCUACCAUAUCACGUAUUUAUACUAUGAGCAAUGAAGAAAUGGUUUUUGGAGGAAGACAACAGACAUCUGGUCUACACAUUAGCGAAAACAUGAGUCGAAUGCGCGACUCGGCAUCACAGAACCCUGCCGUUAGGUGGACAGUGGCUCUUCUGGCCUCCUGUUGUCUCUUGUUGUAUAAGUCAUAGAUUCACUAGACUGUUUUGUACAACGUACAACUUACGUGUUUGUAAAAAGUUUCAAUAUUCAAAUAAAUAAAUAAAUAUAUCUAUACAUAUGUUCACUUUCACCUUCAAUAUGUGUCGAAAAGAUGUGAUAAAGAAAAAUUGGUGAUCAUCUCACAUCUACUCUGAGGAAUGUAAUUGAAUAAUUAUGCCAGUUAUUCAAAGUUUGAAAGUUUGUUGAAAGCAUGUUUGAAGAUAAGAAAGUUAUCUUCGUUCUGGAGUACAAAUGACGUAUAAGAUAUGAAUGAAACCUAUGAAAAAGCAGGCAGCCAUUAAGGUACAAUAAACAAAUUUUAUUAUUA